UUCACAGUCUUCAUACCCAUGGAUAACAUCGUCACACGCGUUCCUCGGGAAUUGGAGAGAGAGAUACUGGAACUUGCUGCUGAAAUGCAUUCCACAUCGAUAAUCAGCCUGCUGUUGGUAGCGAAACGAACGUUUGUAUGGCUUGAACCAUAUAUCUUCCGAAAAGUACACCUCUCCGGUGACUCAACUGGCAACGCUGCUCAAGAAGCCUUCCUGCAUGCAGCCGUGUCAAAGCCACCACCAUUCCUUGCCAAUGGUGUCCGCCGCAUCGUCCUCAGCCUAGACGCAGCCGAUCCACAUAUGAUCAAACGUUUGAUCUAA